GCUCGAGCAGCUUCGCGAGGCCGACGAGAUGAAGUUCUCCCACAGCCUGCAGUUCAAUGCGGUGCCGGACUGGAGCAACCAUUAUGUCGCCUACAGCAAUCUGAAGAAGCAGUACGUCUUGCAUGUGGAGGAGCUUGGGUGCGCUUCAAUUGGUAGUGAAGAGGCUGACAAGCAAUGCGCUGUAUAGGAUCUACAACCUUGAAACACAGAUCAACCAGAAGAACACUGCGACCACCGAUGCCGAAUCGUCACCGUUGUUGAACGGCGCUGCCGACGACCCAGACAAAGCCUUCACCAAUCUUCUCGAUGCUGAACUGGAAAAGGUCACAUCGUUCUACCAGCUGAAGGAAGUUGAGAUCUACGGGGAGCUGGACGCCCUGAUCAACGACGAGGCAGACUAUGAGCGUGAGCAAGAGGAGCUCGACCAAGAGCAGCAAGAUGCGCCGCCGGGGAAGCAGACGCGCAGUACCAGCAUGUUCAAGCAGAUCGGUUUCAAUCGCCCACGGGGAAUGAGCACAGUAAGCGGCCGCUCAACGGGCGACGGCAAUGACGAUGACGACGACGACGACGAUUCCGACGUCGAUGCAAACGAGACCUCGAGACUGCGACAGAAGAGCCCUGAUGGCCAACGAAGGCGGCGACGAACUACAGACGAGAACAUGAACUCAGAUGGUGUUUCCUCGAAGCGCAGAGCAAGUGUAGCCUUCGAUGACUACAACGACAUGGCAUUUUCGGCGCUGUAUGACGAGGGUGUUUCUCUUAAGAAGCGAACUGUCAGCGUAUACGUAUCGCUGUGCGAACUUCGAUCCUUCAUCCAGCUCAAUAAGACUGGUUUCGAGAAAGUUCUAAAGAAGUACGACAAGAUCCUGGAUCGCAAGCUCAAGAGCCAAUACCUCAACAAAUAUGUGUACCCCGCAUACCCAUUCCAGCAAAGCACCAUGGAUAAGCUUACGCUGAAGCUGAAGCACGUCGAGCACGCCUACUCCCAAAUUUGCACCAAGGGCGAUGUCGCAGAGGCCAAGCGCGAGCUGAGGUUGCACCUGCGAGAGCACGUGGUGUGGGAGCGGAACACAGUCUGGAGGGAGAUGAUUGGUAUCGAGAGGAAGGCCCAAGCUGCGAACAUUGGCAUCACACAGACUCUACUUGGCCGCGAUGUCAACGCAGGCCGGGUACGAAGACAGGGAGAUGACAAUGAGCCUGAGAUCAAGGAGGUUGUCACACCCAUUGGGAGAUACAGAUGCCCGCAAUGGCUGAUCAGCAAGACCUUCUGGACACUGGUCGCUUGCAUAGCAGUGUUUGUUGUUCUGUUGGUGGUACCCAUUAUGGAGAAGCCAGAACAGCAGAACUGCCUUGCGAUGGUAAUCUUUGUCAGUGCCCUGUGGGCGACUGAGGCUAUACCGCUUUUCGUCACGUCACUCCUUGUACCGUUCCUCGCCGUUACUCUCGAUGUCGUACGUAGCGAUGUUGAGCCGCAUAAAAGACUCGGCUCCAAGGCUGCAGCAGGCUAUGUGUUUGCUGCCAUGUGGUCACCCGUCAUCAUGCUGCUUCUCGGAGGCUUCACUAUCGCAGCUGCGCUUUCCAAGUACAACAUCGCCAAGAUGAUGGCCACUUUCGUUCUGAGUAAGGCUGGAACGAAGCCGAGGACUGUCCUUCUUACCAACAUGUUCGUCGCCAUGUUUGCUAGUAUGUGGAUCAGUAACGUCGCUGCACCUGUAUUGUGCUUCUCGAUCAUUCAGCCUAUUCUUCGCAACCUACCCGCCGAUUCCAACAUGACCAAGGCAUUACUCCUGGGUAUCGCCCUCGCGUCCAACAUCGGUGGCGCUGCAUCGCCAAUCGCCUCGCCUCAGAACCUCAUCGCGCUUCAGAACAUGAAUCCUGAGCCGUCUUGGGGUAUCUGGUUCUUCAUCGCUUUGCCUGUGUGCAUCAUCUCUAUUCUUCUAAUCUGGGGUCUGUUGGUCGUUACCUUCCAGCCAGGCAAGGGCACAACCAUCGUGCCUAUCCGCCCUAUGAAGGAUAAAUUCACUGGAGUUCAGUGGUUCAUCAGCAUCGUUACCGUGAUUACUAUCGCACUUUGGUGCGUGAGUCACCAGCUCGAGGACAUCUUCGGAGACAUGGGCGUUGUGGCUAUCAUUCCUCUUGUGCUAUUCUUCGGUACUGGUAUCCUCACGAAGGAAGACUUCAACAACUUCCUGUGGACCAUCAUUAUCCUCGCUGCUGGCGGCUUGGCCCUUGGCAAGUCUGUCAACUCCUCUGGCUUGCUCAGCACCAUUGCCGAGUCCAUCACUAGUAGUGUCGAGGGUAUGAGCUUGUACGGAGUGCUUGUUGUUUUCUGCGGUCUCAUUCUCGUCAUCGCUACUUUCAUCAGCCACACUGUUGCGGCGCUCAUUGUGCUCCCGCUUGUACAACAGGUUGGUCAAAGCAUGCCGGAGCCGCACCCCAACCUGCUCGUCAUGGGCGCUGUACUUAUGGCAAGUGGCGCUAUGGGUCUGCCUACCAGCGGCUUCCCCAAUAUGACUGCCAUUAUGAUGGAAGAUCAGAGAACUGGACAACGCUACCUUGAGGUCAAACACUUCCUCACCCGUGGUGUGCCCGCCUCCAUCAUUACCUUCAUUGUUAUCAUUACCGUUGGCUACGGGCUCAUGCUCGCGGCAGGCUUUUAAGUAAGCCAAACCCUGUAUCCAGCUUGUACAAAGUCUUGCAUACUGUUUCCACAUAUUGCAUGCGACAUCGCGUCGCGGAACUGGCGUUUUGCAUGAUCUGGGCUAUUUGAGGGAGUAGAAAUGUAUUGAAGCGCACGCGCCUAUGUUGCUCAGGCGUCCUAUUUUACCAACAAUCGAACAUUUUUCAGCC